UCGUCUCCUUGGAGUGUGAUCUUUGAGUCGGCGAAGUUGGAAAAAGAAAAUGCAGUCGGGCGAUGGUUACAGCAAUGGUUACCAUCACGACAACCAGCAGCCAUGGCGAGAGAAGCGUGAUGGCUUGAGUUCCAAUGGCCGUACCCGGCGGCGGAGCCGAGGCGGAGCUCGUUAUACCGGCGGCAGCGGAAAUGGCUUCUCCAAUCCUCUUAGGGUUUUCGACCAGUUCGAUGACCAGAAAUCUCCGCCGCCUCCUCCGCCGCCGACGGACUUCGACGUAGCGUACUUUCACUCAUACGCUCACGUUGGCAUUCACGAAGAGAUGAUCAAGGAUCGUGCAAGGACGGAAACUUAUAGGGAGGCCAUCAUGCAGCAUCAAAAUUUUAUUCAAGGCAAAAUUGUGGUGGAUGUUGGCUGUGGGACAGGCAUUCUUUCAAUCUUUUGUGCUCAGGCCGGUGCAAAGCGGGUAUAUGCUGUUGAUGCAAGUGACAUAGCAGUGCAGGCAAAUGAAGUCGUUAAAGCUAAUGGUUUAUCUGAUAAAGUCAUUGUUUUGCAUGGGAGGGUGGAGGAUGUUGAGAUUGACGAGGAAGUUGAUGUUAUAAUUUCAGAGUGGAUGGGCUACAUGCUCUUGUAUGAGAGCAUGCUGGGAAGUGUUAUUACAGCUAGAGAUCGUUGGCUAAAGCGUGGAGGUCUGAUUCUUCCAUCACACGCAACUCUAUACAUGGCACCUAUCACACACCCUGACAGAUACAGCCAAAGCAUUGAUUUUUGGCGCAAUGUCUAUGGAAUUGACAUGUCUGCAAUGAUGCAAUUAGCAAAACAGUGUGCGUUUGAAGAACCUAGUGUGGAGACGAUAAGUGGCGAGAAUGUUUUAACAUGGCCACAUGUGGUUAAGCAUGUGGACUGUUACUCAAUACAAACUCAUGAGCUCGACUCCGUUACUACAAGAUAUAAAUUUAAGUCCAUGAUGAGAGCUCCUAUGCAUGGGUUUGCAUUUUGGUUUGAUGUUGAAUUCAGUGGGCCAGCCUCUUCAACUACCAAUAACCGCUGUGUAGCUGUGGCUAGUGGUUCAUCGUUGAAUUGUAAUGGAGAUGAGAAUCAAAAGAAACGGGCUAAUCCCGAUAAUGCUCUCGUAUUGUCCACUGCUCCUGAGGCGCCUCCAACACACUGGCAGCAGACAAUUGUAUAUUUCUACGACCCGAUAGAUGUCGAGCAAGAUCAAGUUAUUGAAGGCUCUGUUACCCUCUCACAAAGCAAGGAGAACCGAAGAUUCAUGAACAUUCAUCUCGGAUACUCUUCCGCUGGACGAUCCUUUGUAAAAGAAUCAGUAAUGCGGUGAGACGCUAUUUCGUGUUGAAUUAUUCGAAGAAGAAUCAUCAUGGCCUAACCAUAGAAGCCUUGGAAGAUGUGGUGUCCAUGGCAAUGGGGCAGUAGCAGUCAUUUUACGGUUAGUAUCUCGUAUAAGCCUGAUGACCAACGGACCUUAGGUUCUUAGGUGAAGUGUGAGCAAUCUUCUUUAGAUGUUUACACUAUCCCUUUGGUCGAUAGGGCACUUCUGAGUGAUUUGUACCAUUGAGGUAUUUUUUUUUUCUUCCCUGGUCUGGACGAGAUCUCACUUGGGCAAAAUAGAUGGUUUGAACCGCAACUGGCCGUGGUGGUUGCGGUUAUGAUUGUGAUUGAGGCAGCAUCUUUGGCAUUAUCAAAAAUACUCUU